AUGACCAAUAGAAAAUCAACAACAAGUAACGAAUUGGAUGGUGCAAUAAAUACAUUUCCGUUUGCAGAAGAAGCAGAAGAUCGUCAACGUAUCAAUAUUCAAAACAUGCAAAAUGUUCUUCUUAUCUGGUUAGAUAGUAACAUUGAUGAGACAAAUGAUGAUUGUCAAAAUAUAAUCAAACAACUGCGACGGGCUAUCAACGACAUCAAUACAUUUACAGAUGGUGAUCAAUGUUUGGAAUUCAUUCAAACAAUCGUUAACAAAAAGGCAUGUAUGGUUAUAUCUGGAUCACUUGGAGAACAUAUCGUACCACGUGUGCACAAUAUGUCUCAAAUAGAUUCAAUUUUCAUUUUUUGUGACAACCAAAAAUAUCAUGAACGAUGGGCUACAGACUGGUCCAAAAUAAAGGGUGUCUACACAGAUAUUACAUCCAUCUGUGAAGCACUCAAGAAAGCUGCUCAUCAAUGUGAGCACAAUGCCAUUCCCAUGAGUUUCGUGAGAUCAAAUAAAAAGUUGGAUCAGUUAGAUCCUUCUUUUAUGUAUACUCAAAUCAUCAAAGAGAUAUUACUCAGCAUAAAAUUUGAACAAAAACACAUUCAAGAUUAUAUUAAUUACUGUCGCGAUGUUUUUGUUGACGAUGAAGAAGAAAUGGUUCAUAUUAAACAAUUUGAAGAUGAAUAUCACGACGAAUCACCAAUUUUCUGGUACACCUGUGACAUGUUCCUCUAUCCCAUGAUCAAUCGUGCAUUACGAUUGUUGGAUGGUGAUAUCAUUACACGGAUGGGCUUCUUCAUUGGUGAUUUGCAUAGAAAUAUUGAACAACUACACAAGGAACAAUAUGCUGGUAAAACUGCUGCUGACACCUUUACCCUUUAUCGUGGACAAGGUUUAUCUAAAGAGGAUUUUGAACAACUGAUGAAAGCUAAAGGUGGUCUUAUUUCAUUUAACAACUUCCUAUCUACCAGUGAAAACGUCAAAGUUUCACUAGGUUUUGCACAAAAUGCUACAAGAAAUCCAGAUCAAGUAGGAGUUCUUUUUAUCAUUCAGAUUAAUCCUGCUCAAUCAACAACACCCUUUGCUUCUAUUCAGAGUAUCAGUGCUAUGAGAAAAGAAAAGGAAGUCUUAUUUUCGAUGCAUAGCGUGUUUCGCAUCGUGACUACUAAACAGAUGGAUGGAAACAAUUGUUUAUAUGAAGUUAAGUUGACACUUACUACUGACAAUGAUUCAGAAUUGAACAGACUUACUGAUUACAUUCAACAAGAGUGUUAUCCAAAUGCAGAAGGAUGGCACAAAUUGGGUUCGGUAUUACGUAAAAUGGGUCAAUUAGACAAAGCUGAAGAUAUUUAUCAAGUUUUACUUGAUCAAACAGACAACGAUGAAGACAAGGCAUCUCUUUGUUGUCAACUUGGUUUAAUCAAAAAUGCUCAAGGAAAAUAUAGAGAAGCACUUUCAUUCCACGAAAAAGCCCUUGAAAUUCGACAACAAUCACUCUCUUCCAAUCAUCCUGAUUUGGGUGAGUCUUACAACAACAUUGGUGAAGUGUAUGACAACAUGAAUAAUUAUCCCAAAGCACUUUCAUUUUACGAAAAAGCGCUUGAAAUUCGACAGCAAUCACUUCCUUUCAAUCAUCCUGAUUUAGGUGAGUCCUUCAGCAACAUUGGUAAAGUACAUGCCGACAUGGGUAAUUAUCACGAAGCACUUUCUUACUAUGGGAAAGAUCUUGAAAUCAGUCAACAAUUACUUCCUCCCAAUCAUCCUAGUUUGGCUACUAUCUACAGCAACAUUGGCUCAGUGCAUAGACACAUUGGUAAUUAUCCGAAAGCACUUUCAUCUCAUGAAAAAGCCCUUGAAAUUAAACAGCAAUCACUUCCUCCCAAUCAUCCUGAUUUGGCUAUAACCUACAACAAUAUUGGUACGGUGUAUGAAAUAAUGGGUGAUUAUUCAAAAGCCCGUACAUUUUAUGAACACGCUGUGCAAAUUGGACAACUAUCAUUACCAUCAAAUCAUCCUCAUUUUCAAAUAUAUAGAAGGAGCCUCGAAGUUAUAAAAAACAAAUAA